AUGUCUGAUAAAUUCAUUGGUAAAACCAUAUCGUUGGUGUCCCAGAAGGACUAUAGAUACGUUGGUGUGCUGAAGCAUAUCGAUGGAGAAGUUGGAACAAUUACUUUGAGAAAUGUCCGAUUCUUUGGUUCAGAAGGUAGAAUUCAGGAUCCAGCCCACUAUAUACCUCCUAAUCAGGGAGCUAUUGACCAAUUGAUUCUGAAAGGACAAGACGUCAAGGACUUGCAAGUUUUAGACGUUUCAGUUGAAGAGGUUGUUCCUGAGCCCGGUCCAUUUUAUCCAGGAUACAACUACUAUGGUCAAGUUCCCCAAAUGGUUUCACCUCAACAGGUUCCGCCACAACAGGCUCCACCGCAGCAGAUUCCACCACAACAGCAGCAGUAUCAACAGCAGCAACAACAACCACAGCGCAUACAGCCUCAACAACAGCAAGUACGCCAACAACCACACCCUUCACAAGUUCAGCCCCAACACAUCCCUAAGGCUCAACAACAGCCUCAGCAGACCGAGCCACCUCAAUCCGAGACCAAACAGCAAAGUCAAGAAAGACCUUCAAAGGAGCUCGAAUCACGACCACCCAAACAGAACGCAUCUAGUCAACAGCAAAACGGUGCUCCGGCACGCAAGGAGCGUCCUAGACCCAUUGGUGAGAUUGGUGACGUUGACCCGAAUCAGGAAUUUGAUUUUGAAUCUAACAAUGCCCGAUUUACCGAGGAAGCAGCCAAGGAGACCCAAAAGGCUGCUCAAGAUGAAACGGCCCAACCUUCCUACAACAAACAAUCCUCAUUCUUUGAUACUUUGUCCAGUCAUGUGGAAACUCGACCAGCCAACAAUAGAGGCAGAGGCCGUGGAAGAGGAAGAGGCAGGGGCAGGAGCAACAGAGGAAGAAGUAACAACGGAGAAACUCCUCAGUGGAAUUAG